GGCCAUUUCUCCUUGAACCUGGGAGCAUUUUAAAAAAUGAACAGCCUAUAUUUUCUGAACGCAUUAUUUUUUUACUUUAUUUUUUCUAUUUCUUCUUGACAUAAUACAAAAUGCAAAACACACCUAAAGGCGUAUUAUUAGGUUGGACUGGCCUUGCUGUUGGUGCUUUAGGUGCAUAUCUCAUCGGAAAGGAAUACACACUCAACCGCUUAAAAGAAUACACCAAGGAAAAUUCUGUCACUUCAAGCAAGAGUAAUGAUACACAAGAACUACCUUUGAAGGAAGGCGAAUUGCGUCGCUCAGUCAAUAGAAGACUUUAAACCCCUAAACAUGAUAUUUCGUUGAUACGCAUCAUACAAUAUACAUCGCAUAGUUUCUGUUCGACUUAAUUGCCUGUGCUGUUGCUUUUAAUUAAAGUCGGAAGCGAAAUAUUGAACAGAAAAAACGUGUUUUUCUUGUCUUUUAGACUUUCUUGUAUGACCCGCCUUGAUCAAAUAAGAUUAGGCCCCUAUUGUUUAAAAAGGUCAAAACAAGAAAAAAGGCACACUUUGAACUUGUAGAAUUUCUUUUUUAGAUUUCUCCCUCCCUCCCCCCUU